CCACAAAACACAACCCCGCGCGUAGCAUACAAUGCCUCGUAAAGCCGCUCCAGCUGCAGACACCAACGCUGAGCCUCGCCGCUCCGCGCGCAUCAAGGACCAGCCCAAGCCUGAGACCGCCCCCAAGAAGGCUCCAGCUAAGCCGCGCUCCAAGAAGGCCCCCGCCGCAGAGGGCGAGGACAAGCCUAAGCCCACCAAGGGCAAGAAGCGCACUGCCUCGGAGAAGGAUGCCGAGGAUGGCGCCCCCGAGGCCAACGGCGAGGAGCCCCCCGCCAAGAAGGUCAAACCUGCCUCUAAGGCUGCUGCGAAGCCCGCAAGCAAGGCCGCCGGGGCGAAGCCCGCGUCCAAGGCGUCUCGUGCGGGGUCGGCCAAGCCGGCGUCGCGCGCUGCGAGCGCGAAGCCCGCGUCCAAGGCAUCUGCGAAGCCACCAUCUUCUGCUGCAAAGAAGCCCGCAUCGCGUGCAGGCUCCAAGAAGCCGGCGUCCAAGGCCGGGGCUGCUGAAAAAGAGAACGCUGCCGCCGCCGCACCCGAGACCAUCGCGGAGGAGCCAGAGGCCGAGGAUGCCGCAAACGCAGAGCCCGCGACCGAGCAGGCAGCAGCGGCCUGAGAUGAUGUUGCAUGAACGACUCGCCACCAGGGCAAUUAUGCACUCUAUUCCGUCAUCCACCUCCGCUGCUAUCGACGUCUCGCUUUUUAUCUCUUCUAUUUAACCGAGCUGCACCCACCGGAACUAUAGCCCACCCCGUCCGAUCCCCCCCAGAUAUCCUCAUUUACCUCCCCUUCAGCGCUGUGAUCCCUCUUCCCCCCCUCACUCUGUUACUUGGUGCCGGUUUGCGUGUAUCGUCUCCUGGUGACUUUCUC